AUGGCUAGUUCAAACGGCAGCGCAACGACGAUGCCGCGUCUAUUGUCGCGGUACCGAUCGGAAGUUACUUCGGUGCUCACCCGUGAAUUCGGGUACACCAACCCGAUGCAGUUGCCAGUUCUUGACAAGAUCAUCGUCAACAUUGGACUUGGCGAGGCGAUCGACAACUCGAACUCGCUUGACGCAGCGACUGGUGACAUCGCGACGAUCACGGGACAAAAGCCGAUCGUGAACCGCGCCAAGAAGUCGAUUGCGAACUUCAAACUGCGGGAAGGCAUGCCGAUCGGCGCAUCGGUCACGUUGCGUUCGCACCGAAUGUGGCAGUUCUACGACCGGUUGGUGAGUGUAGCACUACCCCGCGUCCGCGACUUCCGCGGCACCAAUCGGAACUCGUUCGACGGUAAUGGCAAUUACAGUUUGGGACUCUCCGAGCAGGUUGUUUUCCCCGAGAUUGACUACAAUCAGAUAGACAGGUUGCGCGGGUUGCAGGUCGCAAUCGUGACCACUGCCCGCACUGAUGAGGAAGGUCGCAGGUUGCUCGAACUAUUGGGCAUGCCGUUUGCGACGGGACGCCAAUCUGACCACUGA